CAAACGGCAAGCACUGCUUUGUGUGACCGCCAUUUCUGUUGCGAAAUUCUCAGGUUUCGGCUAAAAAUCCACCUGAUAAGUCAAAAUGACUGAUGUCUGUCAAGAUGCACAUACUGGAAAGGAAGAAAAGUCGGCCACACACGUUAACGUAAAAGUGACGGCGCAGGAUGGUGCUACAGUACAUUUUAAAAUUAAGAAACAGACGCCGCUGAGAAAAUUGAUGCAUGCCUAUUGUGACAGGCAGAGCAUAAAGGUGUCCUCAGUGCGGUUUAUGUUUGAUGGGAAUCACAUUCAAGAAAUGGACACACCUGAGGAUAUUGGACUAGAAGAUGAUGAGACAAUAGAGGUAUUCCUUCAACAAACUGGUGGCUUUGUUUGAUCUGAGUAAAAUGGACCACAGACUUGGUUAAGAAAAGAAAGGACAUUGGGAACGUUUGUCUGCUUUAAAUCGCAGUAAUAAUGCAAAGUCACAUAAAUGGAUGCUAUGAUAUGGAUGUGCCCAAGAUAUUUUGAAGAUGGGUUUGAAGAAAAACGAUGGCUUAUUGCUUAAGGUCUAUCUUAUGUUUUUAGCUCAUUAUAAGAUGACUUUUAAUUAACUUUUUCAAAAUUAAUUGGUGAAUAAAAAGAAGAAUUCUUCUUCAUCGGCAGGAGAUUAAUUUUGAGCCUUUGUGUAGUAUAACCGCAGAAAUGUCAAACUUUUGGCGUAAAAUGACUUGGGGAGGGAUUAGAUAUUUUUGGUAUAAUCCAUGCUGUGGAUACAGUAAUUCAAGUUGGUCAUUGUAAUGUUACCUACUGUAGUCAUCAUUUCCUGUCCAUAUCGUAUCGGUGAUUUUGUCUCGUCGAAAACACUCUGACAUGUUUUCAACUUCUAAAUCGAAGAUUUGUGUCCGAAGUCAUUGAGGUAUUUACCAUUUGCCAUUUCCUUUUUUGGUCACAAUUGCUUCAAUUCGAAUAUUUCGAUGCCAUGGCAUCUAACCCAGAGCUGUUGAAAUGGUCGAACAAUAUUCCCUGGGAUGCCAACCAUUAAAUUUACAUUGUACAUAGAAACAUUAUUUGGAUACUUGAUACAUUGUACAAAUGACGCGGAACAGCUCCCAGGGAUGUUUCAGUAGCCUUAGGAUAGUUGGUAUGGUGAAACUUUUUAUUUUUAUUCAGUUCAUUUCCUUAAUUGAAGUAAUCUUCCAAUGUCUUUUGGUGAAGUUUAUUUCGCAGUUGUGAAGAUUUGAGUAUCUUGUACUGCCAAACAAUGCCUCGAGUGAAUGUUUAGAUAGAAUUAAGAACAAUAUUGGCUCAGAUUUAUGGAGUCUGCGCAUCAAAUAUCAUUUCUCAAAUUGUGUUCGUCAUGAUUUUAUAAAUGGGGGCCAAUAGGUGGGAAAUAUUGAUGUAAAAUUUCUAUUGUGUUCAAGACUGUGUAGUGGUAUGAUUUUGUUCUGUACAUUUGUGUUUUGUUGCUUCAUCUUUCACUCCUUGACUUGACACCCCUCCCCCAUAUCUUGAAAAAGCCUUAAGGCUGGAAGUUUUACCAUGGGUGCUUUCAGUUUUGUGUGCUGGAGUCCUGACGGUGCUGUUGUUCUGACGGUGCUGUUGUUGUCCCAAUGGUGUUUAUUCUGGUUUCAGCGUUUCCUUCAGCUUGCGAGUCAUUGCCCAAAGCGUCUUCUAAACUGGCUUGUUUGCAGUCGGAAUUCUCGUCAAAUUCACAUUCUUCACUGGUAAAGAUCCUGUUGCAGAGGUGUGCAUGGAGAUUGCAAGUAAUUUAGUGAUUCAGGGCAUAUCCGUGCAGCGCAUAUAAACCUACACGUAUUGCUGUUUGAUGAUAAGCAAUGAUUGAGGUGUCAUGAUUUUCAUCGACAUAUAUUGCUAUUUAAAUUACUAUUGCUAAGUAACGGCAUCAAUUUCCAAACUUUUAUUGCUGGCAUUUAAUGGGGUUCUUGGGCCUAAUGUUCUCAGUUGCUUCAACAAACGCCAUUUAUACUACAGAUAUUCUGCUGUGUCAUAUUUAAACCAAAACAGAUCUACUAAAAUAACUUCUUAGCAACUCAUUGCGUUGUUCAUGGUUAAAGGCAGUAAUUACGUUUCUUUUUUUUUUUCCCCUGGAGUAUCAGUUCUCCAGCUUAUCUUUAUCUUGUGUAAUCAAGGCAGACAUUCCAAUUUACAACCAGCUUGCCACAGUAGUCCCUGAGUAGAUGUGUGCAUCACAAGAAAAACUGUCAAAAUGUGAACAUCCUUUCUCGGGGCUGGCCACCUCAGCAAGUUGGGAAGAGCUGCCUGAUUCUCUGCAAGCUGGGGAAUCGAUCCUCCAAGGCGAUUUCCGACUUCUUAUUGUAAGUAAGUUCAAAAAUAAAUGUACAUGUAUGUGUUAUUCAUAGAA